AUGGGAAAAUACAACCUAACCGCCCUCAGGGUGCGACAGACUGCUCUCCGGCAGGCAGGCAGCGACAAGAUAGAUGCCGUGCCCAGGUGGGUAGACGUCAUUGGCGACAUUCCCCCGGCCCAGGUGGUUGUCCGCCAGCAGCCGAUUCAGCAUGAAUACGUCCGUCAACGAGUCCGGACAGUAAAAGGGAAACCCAAGAUCUUCCACGAACGCAUCAACCAAAAGCAGACGAACCCAAAUAAAAAGCCGAGCAGAGUGUUUCAACCCGUUGGGAUCAAGUACGAAGAAGACCAGCUGCGGAAGGAGUUCUUUCGCGAUCAUCCGUGGGAGUUGGCAAGACCCCGAAUUGUUUUGGAAACGACAGGGAAAGACUUUGAGAAGUAUGAUUGGAGCAAAAUCCAACAGGUUGGAAAAAAGCUUGGUGGUGAAAGCGUGGUGCAACGGCAAUUAUGGCUCCUCAACAACGUGCCCAACAUGACGAAAACCGCAGCAUAUGACACUGCGCGUCGAGAAUUCUACCAGCUCCGUCUCAAAGAAGAAAUCGCACAGCGCGUGGCGGCAGAAGAAGCCGAAGCAUACGGCGCCGAAUUUGGUCCUCGCAUGCUGGAAGUUGGUAGGAAACUCGAAGACGGCGUGUACGAGAACUGGAAGACAUGGGCCAGGGCGCAAGCACAGGUUCUUGACCAGAGGCAAGCUGCAUUUGUUGGAGCCCCCGAGAUAGCGCUGCCUCGGGAGGAUAAAGAUGAUACCGCCUCUAUUCCUGUUACUGAUGACCCUGACGUAGAAGCGGAUGUGUGA